UGGUAACAAUGUUAAGAGGGGCAUGCUUGAAGACUUUCGGAAGAAAGAGGAGAGAUGGAGCAAGAAGAGGACAACCUCGAAAGCCUUCUGAAAUGGGCAGCAGAGAUUGGAGUCUCAGACUCUGCAGCAACCUCCCAACACGGAAGCUCCAAUUCCUGUUUGGGUCAUUCUCUCUUUGUCUCCUAUUUCCCUCAUGCAGGCGGAAGAGGUUUAGGCGCAGCACGUGAUAUUAGAAAAGGAGAAUUAGUUCUCAGAGUUCCUAAAUCAGCUUUAUUGACGAGGGAAAUUCUAUUGGAGGAUGAGAAACUCUCUGUUGCUGUUAAUGGCCAUUCUUCUCUCUCCCCUGUUCAGAUAUUAGCUGUUUGCUUAUUAUAUGAAAUGCAAAAAGGAAGGAGUUCAUGGUGGUAUCCUUACUUAAGGAAUUUGCCACACAAUUAUGACAUUCUUGCGACUUUUGGCGAAUUCGAGAAACAAGCAUUGCAAGUGGAUGACGCAGUCUGGGCUGCAGAAAAGGCCAUCUUGAAGGCUGAAGUGGAGUGGAAAGAGGCUAAUGUUCUAAUGAAAGAACUUAACCUUAAAGGUCGCCUUCAAACUUUUAGAGCAUGGAUUUGGGCUUCUGCUACUAUAUCCUCACGGACGAUGCAUAUACCAUGGGAUGAAGCUGGGUGUUUAUGUCCUGUGGGAGACUUAUUUAAUUAUGCUGCACCUGGAGAGGAGCCUUCUGGUUUUGAAGAUCUCGAGCUUCAGUCACAUACCUCUUCUUUCCAAGAUACUACAUCACUGUGUGGGGACACUACAUAUAUGUUAGAUGUAGAGCAGCUUGAUGCUUGUACUGAAAGGUUGACGGAUGGAUGUUUCGUGGAAGAUGUUGCCGCUUAUUGCUUCUAUGCAAGGGAAAACUAUAAAAGAGACGAGCAGGUUUUAUUAUGCUAUGGAACAUACACAAAUCUAGAGCUUCUUGAACACUAUGGCUUUUUCUUGUAUGAAAAUCCAAAUGACAAGGUUUUCAUUCCUCUGGAACCUGAAAUCUAUUCCUCCAAUUCAUGGCCCAAGGAAUCCAUGUUCAUCCAUCAAAGUGGGAAGCCCUCUUUUGCCCUACUGUCUGCUUUGCGUUUAUGGGCAACCCAACCAAGCCAGCGGAGAUCCGUUGCUCACCUUGCCUAUUCAGGAUGCCAGCUUUCUGUCGAAAAUGAAAUACUUGUCAUGAGAUGGAUAUCAAAUAAGUGCAAUGUUCUUUUGAAGAGUUUACCAACCUCAUUUGAAGAAGACAGCUUGCUUUUAGAUUCCAUUGGAAAAGUGCAAGGUCUUCAUAAUUCUUUGGAGCUCAGGACUUACUUGGCCUCCUUUACAGGUGAGAUUAGCGCCUUUGUAGAAGUAAAUGGUCUGCGGAAUGUAGAAGAUGAUUCUGCAUUACCUUUGUCAAGGAAAAUUAAACGGUCGAUGGAAAGAUGGAGAUUAGCCGUUCAAUGGAGACUGAACUAUAAGAAAAUUUUGGUUAAUUGCAUUUCUUAUUGUGCUGAAAGUAUUGAUUCAUUCAAUUGUCAAAAGAUCAUCUCUGGAACCGAACAUACCCUAAUUUAGUUCUCUCAUUCUUUAUUCCUUUUGUCUGACAUUAUAUGUUAAGGUGAGAGACAACUUCUGAUUGGUCA